GUCCUGUUCAAUGCUUGGGGCUCGUGCUCCUCAUGCUCGCCAUGGCCGUCAUGCGCCCAAUCAGAAUAUAAGCCCAUGGUAGAAAGUCGAGCCAGCUGCUAGCUCCUCAGAACAAGAAAACAAACAGGAUGGGCAUGCUGAGCUUGCAAGCCAGCUGAGCAGGUCACGGCGUCUGCGCCCUUCCAGGAAGAUGGUCAACGUUAACGUAAGUCGAGCCCCAGUUCAUUCGGACACUGCAAGGUGUGCAUGUGUGCUGCAGACUGAGAGCAGCCACUCCCCUCUGUCAACUGCUCCAUUUUCCAUCCAGCCGAAAGUCAAGAUACCUGCCUUCAAGCCCCUCUCUAUUCGCCGCUUUGUCUCACCGACCAAAGGCGAGGGGGUCAGCAGCAGUGACAACGACCCAGCGAGUUCACAAGGAGAAGAUGGCAAAGCCCCCCUCGCGGCGUCCCUUGCCAGCGGAAGCCUCGUAGCGUUGCGUCGCAUGUCAGAGCAAGAGAAAGAAGUGGCGGUAGAGGCUUUGCAGGCGCAGGCAGAGCAGCUCGAGGAACAGCUUGGCGGUCGCGAUGCGGAGCAGAUCGUCAAAGAGCACAUCAGACUGCUGCAUGAAUAUAACGAGGUGAAAGACGCGACACAGAUCUUGCUCGGAAGGCUCGCACAUAUCGAAGGUGUAACAAUCAAAGCAAUGCAUCAGCGCUACGAUCUGCCCAUGGACGGCUGAGCGCUUCUGCUUUGUGGCGCACAGCGAUUCCAACUUCUCCCAUCAGCUGCACAAGGCUCAGACUUUCCCUUGAACGCCUCGCAUUUUCUCACGCGCUCCAAAUUCUCGCAUAGCAUACAUCUGCUUGCCGGUCCUUCUCGCCAUUACUGUAACAUACACCACGACAUCCGGUUCGCACCUCUUCUUCAGCGCACACUGCUAUGUUGCGCAUGCAUUCAUGCCCCGGUGUGUCCAGUCAUCCUACUGCACAAUAAUGUCAGCCUUGGUUGACGGGCGUAGCGCUCGCUGUGGUGGGCGCGAGAUUCUGACGCCCGUACGAUGGGAAGUUGCGU